ACGCUGCUGGAGCGCUGCUAAAAAGCCAACCACGCGCUGCACAGUAUAACAUAAUUAAUCGAAUAGCAAAACUAUCAAAUCGACAAAAAUAAAUACAAUAAAUUGUAUAUAAAUAUAUAAAAAAAAAAAAAAGAGAACUAAUUUAGAGCUGGCAACAAAGUUGUAAGGUUCGGCGUGUCAAUAUGCAUUUGCCCCGAGGCGCAUUAAGUUUGCUGUUUAUCACUUGCAUGAUGUUUGCCCUGACAAGCGGCCAUCCAUCAAACGACAAGCUUAAAAUUCGCAUCCAUGUGCCGGUGAAGCAUCACACGCAUGUCCACACCAAGACAAUCAUAAAGAAAGUACCACUGCCCAUUCCGGUGCCGGUCAAGGAGCAUAAGGAGCCGAAGAAGCAUCAUCGCAGCAGUCACAGCCAUCAUUAUCAUGAGCAGGAUGAGCUCGAUGAUGACUUUGAGGGUUACGAGUAUCCUGUCAAGGCCAAGCGGCGCACGCGGCAUCCUUUUGUCUAAUAAUGCUGCACACCAAUGGGCGUCACGCAAUGUGGGCGUGUCCCCAAAAUGAGAACCAAACGCACACACACUUACACAAACUCACAUAUACGUAACUUUCGCAUAUUAAGCAAAUAAAAACCAAAAUAAUGAUCGAAUGAAUGGACAAGUCUCAGACAACAAAAAAAAAAAAAAAAAAACUGGGUGUGAUUUGUCACUGUGUUUAGACAAUAAGCGAAACCUUUUCUGUGCAAUAAACAAAUAAACAAAAGUA